AUGUCGAUCAAGUCGCACCCCAGACACCCGCCCGUCGUCAUGUCGACCAUCACCGAGCAGAUCGGCAACACCCCUCUCGUUCGCCUGAACAAGAUCCCCCAGUCGCUCGGUCUCAAGCCCACCAUCUACGCCAAGCUUGAGUUCUUCAAUGCUGGUGGCAGUGUCAAGGACCGCAUCGCUUUGCGCAUGAUCGAAGCCGCAGAGGCCUCUGGCCGCAUCCACCCUUCCAAGACCACCUUGAUCGAGCCUACUUCCGGAAACACUGGUAUUGGUCUUGCCCUUGUCGGUGCCGUCAAGGGCUACAAGGUCAUCAUCACUCUGCCCGAGAAGAUGUCACAAGAGAAGGUCGCCGUGCUCAAGGCUCUCGGUGCCGAGAUCAUCAGAACCCCUACCCAGGCUGCCUACGACAGCCCCGAGAGUCACAUUGGUGUCGCCAGAAGACUGGAGAAGGAGAUUCCCGGUGCCGUCAUUCUUGACCAGUACAUCAACCCCGACAACCCGAGGGCUCACGAGCUCGGCACAGCUGAGGAGAUUUGGGCACAAACCGACGGCAAGAUUACUGCUCUUGUUGCUGGCGCUGGUACUGGUGGCACCAUUACUGGUUUGGCAAGAGGAAUCAGAAAGCACAACAAGAACGUCAAGAUCAUCGCUGCCGAUCCUCACGGCAGUAUCCUUGCUCUGCCCGCUACUUUGAACGACGACUUCAAGGACAAGCCCUACAAGGUCGAGGGUAUUGGCUACGACUUCAUCCCUGACGUCCUGGAUCAACAAGGUGUCGACACAUGGUUCAAGACCGAUGACCGCACGAGUUUCGAGUAUUCGAGAAAGCUGAUUAGAGAGGAGGGUCUUUUGGUUGGAGGAAGCAGUGGCAGUGCCAUGGCUGCCUGUGUCAAGGCUUGCACUGAGCUCAACCUGACUGAAGAUGACGUUGUUGUCGUUGUCCUGCCCGACAGCAUUAGAAGCUACUUGAGCAAGAGCGAAGAUGGCAAGAGCAAGGAUGGCUAUGGUGAUGCCACCAUUCGUGAUCUGCGCUUGAAGCCUGUCACCAGUAUCUCAGCAGACUCGCCAUGUGGAGAUGCCAUUGAGACCAUGCGUGAGAAGGGUUUCGACCAGCUCCCAGUUUCGGCCGGUUCUGGCUCGCGUCUUGUCGGUCUCGUCACACUUGGAAACCUUCUGUCAUAUCUUUCCUCUGGCCGUGCAACUGGGCACUCUUGUGUCAGCGAUGUCAUGUUCGACUUCAGAAAGAUCAACGAGGUUGUUACAAGCACCCAAGACAUUAGCAUCAAGACUCCUGAGGAACGCAAGAAGGCUGCCACCAGCAGCGAGACUGAGAGCCAUCCCCAGCGCAGACAAUUUGUCGAGAUCACAAAGGACACCAAGUUGAGCGCACUGAGCCGCUUCUUCGAGUGGAAUAGCGCUGCCAUUGUCACCGAGAAGACAUCCGAGAAGGGUGGCUACAAGGCUGUGGCAGUUGUGACCAAGGUUGAUCUUUUGACCUGGUUGGUGAAGUCAUCAAAGAAGGAUGGAAGCAACUAG